AUGCCUAUGAAUUACCAGCCCAUCCUGGCCUUGGCAUUUGCGGUCAACGAAAUCAAUAAAAACCCUUAUCACUUAUUCAAUUUUACCUUGGGCUUCUGCAUCUAUGAUAGCUAUACCAACGUACGGUGGACCUACCAUGCCACAAUGUUCCUUUUAUCCACUCUGGAGAGGUUUGUCCCAAACUACAUUUGUGAUGGCAAAAAUGAUCUGAUAGCAGUUAUUGGAGGACAAGACUCUGAAAUAUCCCUUCACAUAGCAAACAUCUUGGAUAUUUAUAAGAUCCCACAGCUCAUAUAUGGCCCUGCACCAAUGAUGAAUGACAAAAUUCCAGGCCUUUCCUUCUACCAGAUGGUCCCUCAAGAAGACCUUCAGUACAGAGGGAUUCUCUCUUUGCUUCUGCACUUCAGAUGGACAUGGAUUGGGUCAGUUGUCAUGGACACGGACAAUGGAGAAAGAUUUAUUCAAAUAGGACUUCCCCUCUUUACCCAGGAUGGUAUCUGUUUUGCCUUCAUUGAAAAAAUCCCCAAGUUUAGUUUUGUCAGUGAUGUUAGCAAUAUGUUACUACAAGGGGCAAAAAUAUUUGAUAAAAUAAUGGACAGCAAAGCCAAUGUCAUCUUGGCCUAUGGGGAAUCUUAUUCCAUUGCCCUGUUUAGAUGGUUUCCAUAUCUCUCUGAACAAGAGCACAUGACUCAGAAAGGAAAGGGUAAAGUCUGGAUAAUGACAGCCCAGAUGGAGUUCACUUCGUUUACCUUCCAAAGAAACUGGGAAACAGAUUUUCUUCAUGGUAGUCUUUCCUUCAAAAUUCACUCCAAUGAUAUUCCAGGAUUUCGCCAAUUUGCUGAAAACAGAAAACCACCUAGCACUAACAAAGAUGGCUUUAUGAGAGACUUUUGGCAACAGGCCUUUGGCUGUGUAUUCCCAAAUAUAGCUGAGAAUGCAAGAGACGCAGUAGAUAUUUGCACAGGCGAAGAGAAGCUAGAGAGCCUUCCUGGAGCUUUUUUUCAAAUGAGUAUGACAAGCCAUAGCUACAGCAUCUACAACGCUAUUUAUGCUGUAGCUCAAGCUUUACAACAGGCUAUGUCCACAGUUGCACUUGGACACAAAGUCAUGGGAAACAGAGCUGGGCUAAAGCUUCAGCAUCAACAGUUUUGGCAGCUCCAUCGCUUUCUAAGAGGUGUCUCAUUUAACAACAGUGCAGGGGAUUGGAUUUCCUUCAACCAGAAUGGGGAAGUAGUAGCUGGUUUGGAUGUGAUAAACUGGAUUGUUUUCUCCAAUCAAUCCUUUCACAGAGUGAAAGUGGGAAGGAUAGAUUCCCAGGCUCCUCCAGGCCAAAUGUUAACCAUUGAAGAGGAUGCCAUAAGAUGGCAUAGUUGGUUUAAUCAGUCUCAGCCUCUUUCUGUAUGCACUCAGAGUUGUCGUCCUGGACUGAGUAAGAAAAUAAAAGAGGGAAAACCAUUUUGUUGCUAUGAUUGCAUCCCAUGCCCAAAGGGGAAGAUUUCAGACCAGAAAGAUAUGGAUGACUGUUACAAAUGCAGAGACCAAAACUAUCCAAAUGAAAACCAAGACUUAUGUAUUCCCAGGAUUAUAACCUUCUUGUCAUAUGAAGAACCAUUAGGACUCUGUCUAUCCUGCUGCUCCCUUUCCUUUUCUUUAGCCACCCUCUUGGUGUUAGGAACAUUCCUGAAGCAUCACAACACCUCCAUUGUCAAAGCCAACAACCGCAACCUCACCUACAUCUUCCUCAUCUCUCUCCUACUCUGCUUCCUCUCUGCAUUCUUCUUCAUUGGCCAGCCACAGAAAAUGACAUGCCUUCUCCGACAGAUUGCUUUUGCCAUCAUCUUCUCUGUGGCUGUCUCUUGCAUCCUGGCAAAAACGCUCACAGUGGUUCUGGCUUUCAUGGCCACCAGACCAGGAUCCAAGAUGAAGAAGUGGGUGGGGAAGAAACUGGCUGCCACUAUUGUCCUUUCCUGCUCCCUUAUCCAAGCAGGCAUCUGUAUUGUGUGGCUAGUAGCCUCUCCCCCAUUCCCAGAUAUGGACAUGCACUCACUUGUUGCAGAAAUUGUGCUAGAAUGUAAUGAAGGGUCUGUGAUUCUAUUUUACAGUGCCUUGGCCUAUAUGGGCUUCCUGGCCAUUAUUAGUUUCACUGUGGCUUUCUUUGCCAGGAAGUUACCAGACAGUUUCAAUGAAGCCAAGUUCAUCACUUUCAGCAUGUUGGUCUUUUGCAGUGUUUGGUUAUCUUUUGUUCCCACCUACUUGAGUACCAAGGGAAAAUACAUGGUAGCUGUGGAGAUCUUCUCCAUCUUGGCCUCCAGCGCUGGCUUACUUUUCUGCAUCUUUUUCCCUAAAUGUUAUAUUAUUGUGUUGAGACCUGAACUGAAUAACAGGGAACAGUUAAUAAUAAGAAAAGAAUGA